UUGUGUUCAUCUGCUGUCUGCCUACUCUUCCCCUUAUUAAUGCUAUCUUCAUGAUUCUUAGUCUCCAGUUCCCACCUCGCUGUCUACUAGUCUUCUCCUCUGGUUCCCAGCCCCUUGUGAAACUAGUCUUUGAGGGCUGUCAUGUGAAAUCUUAAAGCAACAGUUAGGAUUGUGUCCAUAAAGAAAAGCCAAACUGGACCUGAAACAUUAACUCUGUUUCUCUUUCCGUAGUUGCUAUCAGACUUGACAAGUUGCUCUGGCAUUAUCUGCUUAUGUCUACAAGACAAUAUUACUUCAAAGUUAACAAUGUUAUUAUUGUAUUACUCACCUGUACGGGAGUGCCUAUUUCCAAGAGUUGGGCCAAAACCUUCCAUUGAAUUGGUCCACUUUUAUGUGCAAAGUACUACCAUGCUUUGCCCUUGAAUCUGCUGGAUGGCUGACCAGAAAACUUUCCCACUCAUACUCACAGUUAACCAAAGAACUGCAGAUUCUAGAAAUCAGAAACAAAAACAGAAAUUGCUGGAAAAACUCAACAGCUCCAGCAGCAUCUUUGGAAAGAAAUCAGUUAACAUUUUGGAUCCAGUAACACUUCUUCAGAACUUCAUUAUUUACUGCUAUCAGCAUUUACGGAUGCACAAUAAUCCUGUUUGCUCACAUUAUGAAUGCACUUUCCGUGGUCAAAAAGCAUUGCCAGUCAAAGAGACCAGUCAUGCAGGAGUCAGUCGAAGUGCAACUAUAGUAACUGCUUACAUGAUGAAAAUUGACGGCCUGACCUUUGAAGAGGCAUAUAGUGAACUCCAGGACAUUAAACCUGAUGUCAAGAUAAAUGAUGAGUUUGUGAAGCAGCUGAAGUUGUAUGAAAAGAUGGGUUGCAAUGUGGAUUUAACGAGUGCUGAUUACAAACAGUAUCGACUGCAGAAAGUCAUUAACAAGUAUCCUGAGCUACAGAAUUUACCUCAGGAGUUGUUUGCAUUGGAUCCUGUGAGUCAAGAGAAAACAAAUGAAGUCCUCUAUAGGUGCAGAAAGUGUAGGCGUUCUUUGUUUCGUGGCUCGAGUACUUUGAAUCAUAUACCUGGAUCGGGACCAAAUGCCUUUGCUCACAAGAGAAUGACGCAAACUCAUAGAGAGGGUCAGACCAAAUGUACAUCAUAUUUUGUUGAGCCGGUGCAAUGGAUGGAGCCUGCAUUACUUGGUGUUUUAGAUGGCCAGAUACUUUGCCCGAAGUGCAGAUCUAAGUUAGGAUCUUUCAACUGGUAUGGUGAUCAGUGUUCCUGUGGUCGUUGGGUAACCCCUGCCUUCCAGAUUCACAAGAAUCGUGUUGAUGAAGUGAAGCAUUUAAGUUUCUCCAAUGUGAAAAAUGUCAGUAGUUGAAUAAUACUUUCAUGUAAGUGUUGAAAAACUGGAUUAUCUGAUCAGCUACGAAAGCAGAAUAAACUUUUAUCAUCACUCCUUAA